AGUUGUGGAAGUUCACAAUGUGGUGUUUCCUGUAACGGUUGCAUGUAUCUCUUUGUCUUUCACUAGAUGACAAUGUCCCUGAGAUACUUGGAUGGGACCACCGAGGCUUCCACGGUGGCUGUUCCCAAUAAGGAAUCGGCCAACAAGGUGGUGAAGCAACAUGACGGUUCUGGUAGCCAGCCCGUAGUCAGUCCCAAGUACUGUCCUGGUAUAAACAACAAUCCGGGUUACCUGUGUGAGACAGGACACUGCUGCGGAGAGACGGGCUGCUGUACCUAUUAUUACGAACUCUGGUGGUUCUGGCUGCUGUGGACCGUGUUGAUCCUCUUUAGCUGUUUCUGUGCUUACCGCCACCGCCGCGCCAAGCUGAGAAUCCAGCAGCAACAGAGACAGCGGGAAAUCAAUCUUAUUGCCUAUAACGGAACCUACAACUACCCGUCCUCCAUGCUGGAUCUGAGUUUUCUGGCCACCUUCAAGUUACCCUCUUACGAUGAAGUGGCAGCGGACCCCACCACGCCCCCUCCGCCUUACAGCUCCGUGUUCGCCCUGCAGGGCGGCGCCACGCUAGGGUCCAGCUCCUCUUACCCUCAUCACCACCUCCACAGUCACCCCUGCCCCCCUUACCUGGGGCCGGGCCCCAGCGGCUUCACCUCGCCCCAGAGCUCUGACAACUACACCAGCUGCUCCUGCGAGUCCUGCUCCCUCACCUCGCCCUGCAGCACCUCCUUCUCCGUCCAGGUGACGGACGAGACGUACGACAGCAGCCGCGUGUCUACGCCCAGCGAGACGGGUGGCGACGGCGCCUUCUUGCCCGGGGUGGGGGGCGGCCGCUUAUCCUCGUCUUCGCCACCUUUGGCGCAGGUUCCAGCGGAUGUUACAUCGCCGAUCGCUCGGAACGUCGUUCCCAGUCGUUCCUAUCAUGGCAAAGAGGGGAUCCCGUGUCCGGCUGCCCCGCUCUCACUUCCCCUGCGCCCCCUUAAUAGCUACCGCCCCUCGGCCCACCCUCGCCUUCCGCUUUCACCCCUCAUUCUGCUCCCUUCCCUUUCCUCCGGGAAAGUCCGGCCUCUCAUCUACUCCGACCCCUUGCGCGCCACGCUCAACUACAGAACGGAAGACGGCUUACCUCGCUCCACCACCUCACCUUCUCAACGAGCCGUCCCAGCCGCAAUCCGCCCCGACGACGAGGAGGAUGACGAGGACGAUGACGAGGAGGAUCACUUCCGCCACCGACGCCUGACGGGUGAUUCCGGCAUCGAGGUGUGUCGCUGCCAAGUGAAGCGCAGAGACCGAGAAGAGGAAGCGGGCCUCAAGGAGAAGGAGCGGCACGACAGCGUGGAUUGCUCCCUCCGGGCUAAGGAGGGGGUCCUCUCUCCCCUGCUGGACGUCGUGGAGUCCUCGGCUGUCUGACGAGCAAAGAAGGAAGUGUUGUUAUGUUAGCGUCGUCCUCGUAGAGCAAGACUAGUAGGUGAAAAGUCACUGAAGUUAAAGUCUUGGAGGUGAGUGGGAGGACGGGAUGAGUUUGAUCUCCUCUUCACCUCGGAGAGCAGGUGUUAGUUGAGCCGUGACGAUUGUACAAAAGUACAAAAAGCACAAAGGAGAGGUUAUUUGGAUAGACGUCGAUGGGUUUACAUGAAUUUACUUAAUUUCCCUUUUCGAGUCACCCCCCCACUCCAUAGUCAAAGUGGUAAAGUCCGUCUUUUACUGCACAAUAAACCUGUGCUAGGCCACAUGACAUCACCAAGGUGAGAGGUCUCGUUUUAAUACUAGUGAUAGUUAGGAUUAUGCAAACAACAACAAAAACAUUGUAGUGACAAACUAAAAUUCACCAUGUGUGGGUGGGAAUACGCAAAAGUGCAUUUACGGUCAUUUUUUUUUCUUUUGCUCUCAAUUUUGAGUAAACGUAACCUUUAAAGGUAAUGAAAUCCCUUCCACCCUUUUUAUACCAGCAAAUGAAGUGAUCAAGUUUGAUCAAACAAUCAAGUUUGGUGGAGGUCGCACACUGUUUGCGGCAAUGUGAUGGCCGCCACUCUUGCCGUACAAAUCACUUUGAUGAUGAUGAUGCGAUUGAUCCAUUUGCUAUAUAUAUCAAAUAUAAUCAUGAAUUGAUACUCUCCCCAAUGUAAAGUAAAUUCAACGAGUUGUUUUUGUUUUUUUUUCUGUACAUGAAGAUGUCCUCUCACCAGCUUCAUAUUAUAUUCCUGGUGUGCAAAUGUUGAUAUAGCAACACUUUUUUAUAAUUGGAUACCAUAAUAUACAGCUCUCUUGUGUCUUUCAAGGCUGCUAAUGUUUAAAGGCAACAUGUUAACCCAACUCACUCAUACACUGAUGAUGAAUGUAUAAAAAGGACUGCUCGAAUGCUUCUGGACAUUUUUACAGUGGGGGGUGGACCCCCCCACAGUGAAUUGUAUGCAGCCAGUCAAUACGAGCUCUGAUGUGUUUUGUUUUUCGCUGUCUACAAAUAUUUCCAGUUAGUUUUAAGGCUUAGUCACACUGUACUUCAAAGUCAUUAGUUGGACUGUACAGUGGUCGCCCAUGUAGAGUGCCCGCCUCAGUGGGUGGGUGAUGAGGAGCCCUUGACUGAAGUACCACCCGAGAUUGAAGCAGGUUACUCUGUCCUGGUGACGUCUCCAUUAUAUGGAGAUAACACACACGCGUACAUAGACUGUAUUUAAGCAUCAAACUAAUGCGCGUGUGCUACUGUCGUUACCAUAGGGGACACGGUUAAUCGAUAAGAGACUAUUUUUGAUUUUAAAGCGGCCCUUUUGGUCAUUUUAUGUGUGAAAGUGAUGCUUACUAUUAGCCUAAACACUAAGGCAAACGUGACUGUUAGAGUUGCGAUUGCUUGAUUUUUAAAGGCCAUUAUGACACACUGUAUGUCUCACAGGGAAAGAGUGCUUACAUUUAGAUUUUUCCUUUAUACCCCAUCACUAUGAAUUUGACAAUAAUUAGUACCAAGAUAUAAUUAAGCAUUAUGGCAUAUUAUGACAUCAUAAGAAAGUUGUUUCAUGCCACUUCCACUUGUAAUUCAACAUUAAAUUGCACAUUUAUUUGAACCAACCAAACUGCGAUGCUAGCAGAGUUCCUGCCAGAUUAAUGCUAAAAUAACAUCUCUGAUAUUGACAUUUUAAAUUCUGUUCAUGAAAGUGAUAAAUUAGUGAAAAUGCUGAGUGGUUAAAAGCCUGUUAGCCAAAAAAGAUCAUGUUCAGCCUUUGUCGCAGGCAUAUAUCCUUGAAAAAAAAAGAAAGAACAUUUAUUACAAAUGUUUUUAUGACAAUAUUACACAAUACUGACUCCCAGUGGACAAGACAGGAAAUGGAUGUAUUCAAAAAGUGGGUCAGUAAGGUCAUCAAAUGGUAAAUCUCUAAGAGUUAACACCAAAACUAUUACGGUGUUGUAUAAAUGCAAAGUUAUAUAAAAAAUGUUAACCUACUUGUAACCAAGAUGUAUCGUACAUUUCUGUACUCAUUUAAAUCAUGUUAUUGAUUAGCACUAGCUGAUGUGUGAUUUAAAACAGCCUGUGGUGCCUAGAAGCUCUUUAGGCAUAAUAUAUUUUCUCGCUGCUACAUGAGCGUGUGUGCGUGCGUGCGUGUUUUUGUACGUUGUGUGUCGUACACAAAGUCAGUUUUAGCUGUGCUUUUAAGCGGUCACUUUCUAAAUAGAUGCCGCACACGCGAGAAUCGCAAAAGUAGUAUUUAGCAAUAGUGUUCACACUGUUUUUCCUGACUCUGGUGGAGGCUGGUUGAUGGGAAACAAACUGUUGUGAAAAAAAAAAAAGACUUUUACCUCUUUCGUACUGAGCCGUGAGCUGUGCUGGGCCGAGGCCCUCGAUUGUACAUACGCAGUAUAUGUAUAUACUGUAAGCAUUUGAAUUGCCUUUGUCUUAAAGGCUUCUCCCAAGUGCAAACAAGAAAGGUGGCUUUAUUUAGGCUCUGUUUGUGGCCUCCAUGUGUUACUAACAUUUGUGUCAGUUGUACGAGGAAAAACCUUAAAAUAAAAAAAAUAAUAAUAAUGGUAACACAUGAGGACCACCGAGUGUUGAUUUCACAUCAAAGCCGAGUUGUUGAGCGUUGAUUCACUGUAUAUAAAGAACACAGUUUGAUUUUUGCCUUCUGUGCAACUGUUUAAGAUCAAACAUGGCCAAAUUUUGCCCUCAAUUUAGGUCACGGGCCACUUUAAGACUGUUAAAGACUCCUAAGGACUGUUUGUUGUCUCAAGAGAGCAUUUCCUCUAUAUUUUUUACUCGAGUGAAGCAGGGGAUUGAUAAGGCAACUUGCCAGGAAUACAAAAACACAUGAUCAACCAAGACUGUUGAUUCUUUGUAAAACAACAUUUAUUCAUGUGUUUAGAAGCAAGCAGGAUUUAUAUAAUAAGUACAUGUGACUAUGUGAACUAGUUCCGAUGAAUAUUACUACAAGUUGUGGUGUUCUUUUUAAGCUAUCUACUAUCCGUGCUGCUCUCUUGUGUUGUACCUUAGCAUGUGUGAGAGACUUAAACUGUUGUUGUGCAACUGAAAAAACCAAAACACACGCUUUUCAUGAGGCCAAAGUUGAUUGUCAUUUUACUAUCAUGAUAUUUGUCAAUAUGAACAUCCGGGCGUGUUUAUUAUGUCUGGCAAUGAUUCAAAAUCUUGGUGUGUAUAGCAUAGACACCUGUGGUGCAUACUCAGAUGUGAAAUGAGAUUCUCUUAACAUUUUCAUAUAUUUGUAUAUUUAUUGGGUGCUGUUAUUCAGAAGGUUGGUCCUAUGAUAUAAUCAUCUCCUGAUGUUAUUUUUUCUUCACUGCUGCUUCUGGAAUUCUAUCAUGUUGGAUACAGACAUCUAUAGUACUUUAAAUCAAGGAUGAUGUGGAUUUGGUGAUGAA